CCGAUUCCCAUCCUGACUCGUGGUCUGCUCUGGCCGAGAGGAGGUGAAGUAGCCAUGGGGCACAAGGUGACCUGCGUCCUGCUCUUGGUCCUCAUGCUGACCCUCAGCACCCUGGCAGGGGACCAGAAAGAGUCGUGUGAGGUGGCCCCCAGUCAAAGGGAAAAUUGUGGUUUCCCUGGGGUCACGGCCGAGGAGUGUGAGAAAAAGAACUGCUGUUUUAAAGCCUAUCCCCCUGGGUACCCCUGGUGCUUCCAUCCUCUGAUCCCAGACAAUACUACAGACCGUACUGACGAAGAGGAGUGCGCCUUCUAGACGCUCUUCCCGCCGCCCGCUUGCACCAUGACUCUGCGCCUGGUGGCCCUGGAGCUCCGCCACCUCCUGCCAGACCCACAGCCCUGUUUUGCAGCUGUUCUAGAUGCAGACGGACCACUCUGACUCUAGUACUUAAAAUUGGCCUAAAAUUAAAAGAGA